UUUUUCUUGAAAACAAAAUGCCACACUUGAAAAUUGAAACCAAUGUUCCCCGAGAAAAGAUCCCUGCCGAUCUGGUCAAGACUUUAUGCCAAGUGGUUGCCACUACGUUGGGAAAGCCUCUCAAUGGAGGAGGUGACGAACCAAGCGCUCAGGUCACGCUCAUGUCCAUCGGUCAACUUGGCCAGAAGGAGAACAUUAAGCACGCCAAGGUUGUUUUCGAAGCUGUUUCGAAGGGAUUGGGCGUGGACCCUGGCAAGAUGUAUGUUCACUUCCAGGAUGCCAAAUCGCAAGAUGUGGGAUACAAUGGGACCACUUUCUAUGAGAUUUUUGGGGGUUAAAUAGAUUACACUAUUUUUUGGAAACAGUUAGUUGUUGGAUUUGUUAACAAGUAUAACUAAUUGGACUUUAUAAGCUUUGUAAAAUAAAUUCUCAAUUUGGAAUUUUGUUAGAAAA